AUGGCCAACAAGCCCGACUCAACUUCAAUAGUUAGUAUGAAUUCUCCAACAAGGAAUUCCCGUGAUGAUUUAUCUAUGGUGGAGCAAGCAAAGAAAACAGUUAAACGCGUAAUGAUUGCCAAAAUGGUUUCAAAGCCCGAGUCACCUUCAAUCUAUCAUUGGUCGGUUCAACGCUUGCAUGCCAUGCCUAACCUUGAAGUUGUUAGUCAAUGGCAGUACCUGAAGAUCCCUCCGCAAAACAAGGCACUAUCUGGGGUGGCAAUUGGAGGUGCAGUCUCGUUUAAUGUCAUCAUAGCUGGGCCCAUCACUGGAGCUUCAAUGAAUCCUGGAAGGAGUAUCGGAGCUGCAAUAGCCGCUGGUGCCUAUAAAAACCUUUGGGUCUACAUCGUGGCACCCGUCCUUGGCUCCCUGGCUGCAAUACUGGUAUACUGUCUCCUCCGAGUGCCAGAGUCAGAAAAGGAAGAAACUAGCACCAAUAUCAAUCAUAAAGAUUUCUACUUUCAUCCUGAUGUAUGA